GAGGGAGGGAGGCCCCGCCGGGGAUCCCCAUCAUCCGUCCAUCCGGUUGAGUCUCGCUCACGCCACUGACCCCCAAUUCCACACUCCAUACCACACUUGUCUCCUGCCCUAUAAAUCCAAGCCCGUCGUCUCCCUCAUCCCUCCCCCUCUCCCUCCGGCCUUCUACUCCCGCACACCGCGCCAAUGGAAUCUCGCAUCCUCGAUUAGCACGCUCCAGUCCACCGACUCGACCCAAAGAUCGCGCCUUUUGUGUGAGUGCGCGCGCGGCGGCGGCGGUAGUUGUCGCCGUCAGGGAUCAGCGGGGGAAAAAAAUUAGUUCUUGGGUUGACCCAGGGGGGGCAGGGGGGUUCGGAUGGAGGCGGCGAAGGAGCCUGCUGUGACGAAGCCGCGGCUGCCGCCUGGGUUCCGGUUUCGGCCGACGGACGAGGAGCUGGUGGUGCACUACCUCCGGCGGCGCGCGCUGGCGUCCCCGCUCCCGGCCGCCGUGGACAUCCCCGACGUCCGCAUCCUGGCGCACGACCCCUCCGACCUGCUGCCCCCAGGGUGGAGCGAGCAGGAGCGCUACUUCUUCACGUGCAAGGAGGCCAAGUACGUGAAGGGGCGUCGCGCGAACCGCGCCACGGGGGCCGGGUACUGGAAGGCCACGGGCAAGGAGAAGCCCGUGGUGGUGGCGGUCCCGGCGAGGGCCGGGGGCCAGGGCAAGGCGCAGGCCGUGCUGGUGGGCAUGAAGCGGUCGCUGGUGUUCUACCGCGGGAAGCCCCCGACUGGGAGCAAGACGGACUGGGUGAUGCACGAGUACCGCCUGGCGGGCGCCGGGCUCGCCCCGUGCCGCCGCGCCGCGGGGUCCCAGGCGGCGGAGGCGUCGCGGCCGGCCGAGGGCUGGGUGCUCUGCCGCGUGUUCCGGAAGAAGGGGUCCGCGUCCGCCAACGCCGCCGCCGCGGCGGCCGCCGACGCCGAAGCGAGCCCGGCCGACGGGGGGAGCGACGGCGAGGCCGAGGAUGCCGGCGAGGAGGAGGGCGGGCGGACGUUCAUCGACUUCUUCGCGCGCGCGGACGCGGACGCGGCGGGGCGGCGCCUGCAGCAGCAGGAGCGUCGCGCGUCGUCGCCGGUGGUGUCGUCGAGCUGCCUGACGGACGCGUCGCACGAGCAGCACGGGCGGGAGCAGGAGACCACCAGCCGGGGCGCGUGAGGGAGGCUGCCGUGCGUGAAGCGAGCGAGCGAGCGGCCGAGCGAGGCCGCGGCCAAGCUAGCGGGGGGAGAGGAGGGAACCAACCUUUGUACUGUACCGUCGCAGAGCCUAAUGGUGUCCAGUCCAGUGAGUAGGAGUUAGUAGUAAGCAAGUAAGGUUAGGAGAGCAAAAUGGCAGGCUCCUUGGAGCCGGUCCGUCGGUCCAGUCCGGUGAUCCGGUCGAGUCUUGAGUGUAGAUGCUGCUGGAACUAAUGUACCACCGCCACCACCUGAUCAAUACAACUCCUCCUGUCUUUCUCAGUUC